AUGGCAAUGAAACAGUACGAAUAUCUGCUUUUAUGUUUGCCGAUUAAUCAAAGAAUGGAGCUGAAGAAGAAUGGACUUUCUUCGUCAGAUAUUAUAUGGGCUCAGCAUUCAGAAACAGAAAUUGAGCUAUUGAAUGCUGUUAGUAGUCUGCAAAAAUCUAAUCCUACAUGGGAGGAGCUAAGAAGUCUGGGCAUCGCUUGGUGGUUGAAGAAUACAGCAAGUUUGAAGAUUUGUUUGGAGAAG